UUACUAAAAGAAGUUUUAUAUAUCUUUCUUUUCUAUAUUUUAUUUUAUUUUUGUAGAUUCAUCAAUAACAAGAAUCUCUCAAGACCACAAGGAUAUUGGCAUAGGUCCAAGCAUAAAUUUCUGGUUCAUAUCGAUUGCACCCCACCAAGAAUUGGUUUUGGUUCUGUACCUUUCAAUGACCGCUCCAGCAUAAGCAAUCUGCGAUGCUGUCCUGUCAAUUGAAGCUGUCUGCUUCUCGACUUCCCAUUGAUUCCAUGCCCAGAACUAUUCUGCCUAGGUUUGCUUAUGUGAUUGAACAGACAACUUAUUCAACUUCUGGCAUAUCUCGUGUAAAGAACACAUCUCCCUGUGUUGGCUAUGGCCUUUUUACUUGCUAUAUGAGACCAUACUCCUGUAGAGGAACGCACAAGGACAUUUAUGUAGGACAGACACCUCAGGUCAUGGAAUCUUCCGAAGGACAAGUCAAGUCUGAUUCAUUCGAAAUUCCAAAUUUAACUGAGAAGAUGCAAGUAGAUAGUCAUCGGCAUAUCCUAGAAAGUGCUGAUGCUGAGGAUGAUGAGAUAAGCAAAAGAACUGGCCAUGGAAACAAAGGAAGAGUGCCAUGGAACAAAGGACAAAAACACAGUGAAGAGACUCGUGAGAGAAUCAGACAAAGAACGAAAGAAGCCUUGAAAGACCCCAAGGUCAGAAAGAAGAUGUCUGAAGCUCCGCGUACUCUAAGUGACCAGACCAAAAUAAAAAUACGUGCAUCUCUCACAAGGCUAUGGGGGAAACGGCUAAAAUGGAAAAGAUCAAGGGAGAAAUUCUUGCAGUCAUGGGCUGAAAGCAUCGCAAUAGCUGCUAAGAUAGGUGGGAAUGAUGAGCAAGAACUGGAUUGGGAUAGCUAUGACAAACUUAAACAAGAAAUUGCCCUCCUACAGAUUCAUCGGGCUGCCGAAAAAGCAAAGGCAAAAGAGAUGGCACGCACCAGAGCAGCGAGAGCAGCGGAAGCAAAAGCAGAAAAGAUGGCGAGGCUUGCUCAGAAAAGAAGAGAGCGGGAAGAAAAUUCAAAAGUUAGAGGAGUAUCAAUCAGAAAGAGGAAUAAAAAGUCGAAAGAAGAAAAAGAAAGGUUGGCUGAAUUUCAAGAGGUGAAACUCAAGGAAAGACUACUGAAGAUUCAAAAAAAGAAAUCUGCAAUUAAUCAGGUAAGCAAUCCACAUCAACGGCCCUGGGAGAACUUUGACUUGGAAUUUGUGAAGAGGGAGCAAUUACGAAAAGGAGUCUCACUAGCAGAACAGAUUCGUUUUGCUAAGAAUAGAAGAGCGGAACAACUGCUUGACAAGCUCUGACAUAUCAUCUUCAUCUGUACAUGCCAGAGAAACUAGGACUGCAACUGAGACUAUAACAGUUUCUCCGUUCCUUGCUCAAGCUGGUUCUCUAGUAAACAUUCUUUGAUUUCGCCAAUUAGCCAUUGAGUCUCUGUGCUCUGUAGAACAGCCCUGCAUAAGUUGAGGACGGAUAUUUGCACCUAGUUGUUUCUUACCAGAACCGCGAGUUCCUACAACCUUAUAUAUUUAUGGGAUGUUAGAACAUUA